AUGUAAUGCCCUUUCGUAUGGUGGAUCCUCCAGUUUCGUUAUCAUUAGUGAGAAGAUUUGUUGGAAUUGUUGGAUACAAGUUUCUUCUUAGUCUUUUAAUUAUAUAAUUGAUCUAAAACAAGAGUAAUUGUAUCAUUCUAAACAGUGCCACGAUGUUCAGCAGUCUGAAAAAAUAUAAAUACGAUUAUAAAAACGAAGGAAAGGAGCCCCUUCAGAAACUGAUAGGACUAGGAAAAUAUAUAUUUAUGGGUGCUAUGUUUACAUCCGCAUACGAUCUGUCCAUGAUACGAGAACCACCAAGCUUACGAACGGUCCUUGUUCUGGGUGGAAAACACAUUAUCACUUGGUUGGGUGCAUCUGCAACGUUUACAACCGCAGUACUGUGUUUAACAAAUACCAGAAAAAAGGAUGAUCAAUUGAAUUAUUUUUUUGGCGCAUUAGCUAGCGGAGCUUUUACUUAUUCUUUCGUUCAGAGAGGCAGUUUCGUGUUGUUUAUGACUACGUAUGUAGCCAUUGGAGCAGCAAUAUUGAAAUUUAAGGUUAUGAAGGGUUAUAAAAUAUUAGAAUACGACAUAAAAUAUAAAUCUGCAUCGUUGUACAUUAAUCGUGAUAAUACACCCGAUGUAAGGUACGAGAAACCAUAAUUAUUUAUUCGUACAACGAAAAGUUAUUGUGUUACAAUAAUUGAAAAAAAUGCGUUUGACUGGCCCAUAAGAUCAGUGUUUUAAGUAAUAUUUAUGGGGAUAUAUAUAUAUAUAUAUACAUAUAUAUAUAUAUAUAUAUAUAUAUAUAUAUAUAUAUAUGUAUAUAUAUAUAUUAUUUGAAGUAGUAAAAUUCUGUAAAUUCUCCACGCGUAUCCUUGUGCAUAAAUGUACACCGUAGGCGUGUGAUCCAUAAUAAAAGAUAACGACAAUG